UGAGUUCUUCCUAUUCUAUAUAGUACAGUCCUCUUCUGAGCUUCAAUUAGAAGUCUUCAAGCUUUAGUCGCUUCUGGCACAAGAAAGUCUAUAAAUUAUGUCUUCCAAGCCAGAAUUCGUCAUCAUUCCUGGUGCAUGGCAUUUCCCUGAUUCAUUCAAACCCACCACCGACCUCCUCGAGAAAGCAGGCUAUACAUCUCACGGCGUUACUUUCCCGUCGACUAAUGCUUCUCCACAGGUUCAAUCUUUUGACCCGGACGUCCAAGCUAUCCGUACUGUAGUAGACAAAGUUUUGUCUUCAGGCAAAGAUGUUGUUUUGGUCACUCAUUCAUACGGCGGUGUUGUAGGCUGUGAAUCUCUGGCAGAAUAUGUGAAGACCCUUGAGAGUGGACACGAGUCAGGACAUGGCAAAGUCAAGAGAAUGGUGUUUGUGUGCGCGUUUGUACUGCCAGAGGGAGGAAGUCUCAUGGCUGCCCUACAAAACAAACCUCUACCUUGGUUCAUCCUGGACGAGAAAGAUAUCGUCAAUCCCGCCAACCCCCAAGAAAUCUUCUAUAACGACAUCUCUCCCUCAGUCGCUGAAGCCUACAUCUCCAAGCUGGGCACACAUUCCUACCCUACCUUCUCUUCUCAACUCACUGUCGCGCCAUGGAAAGUCAUCCCGUCCACCUACGUCCUCUGCGAGAAGGACAAUGCGAUUCCCAUUGGAGCACAGGAGGGAAUGGUUGCAGCUGCGAAGGCUGCCGCCCCGAGGGCUUUCGAUGUGGUUGAGAGAUGUGAUGCUAGUCAUAGCCCCUUCAUCAGCCAGCCUGAGUGGUUGGCCGAGAAAUUGAUCAAGGCUGCGCAGUAGAGGGAAGAGAUAGGAUGGAAGGCAUACGCUUGUGCGACUGUGAUGACAACUGAUAUCAGUGCAUUUGCACAAGAAACAUAAUCAAUGAUAAGAGCGAUAUC